AUGACAUUGUUAUCUACUUUGCCGAUAAUCUACUCAGCUUCUAAUGCUGCCAGUUGGUCGAUGGCAGUCUCUCCUUUUUUGGAGCAAGCGAGCAAUGUGAAAUUGCUUCUUUCAGGAAAUAUAGGAUUCUAUGAGUUUUAUGUCGACACAAAUCCGUUUGUCAGCGGGCUAAUUCUUGCGUUCAUGAUUGGGGUUUUCCUGUGGGCAGUAUCAGUCCAAACGGGAAAUAUGUCUCAAGUCGAUCGCGCAUGGCCAAUUUUGCCAGCUGCUUUUUCCGUCCAUUUUUUGAUCUAUGGGACAUUGUUUAACAUUGCUUCUCGUCGGCUGAUGAUUAUGGUGUUUUUGCAAUUGCUAUGGAGUGUUCGAUUAACAUAUAAUUAUUAUCGAAAAGGGGGAUACAAGCGAGGAUCUGAAGACUAUCGAUGGGUUACAGUUCGUCAUAAUAUGCCGCCUUAUUUAUAUCCUAUCUUCCAUUUUCUUUACAUUCAUAUAAUUCAAACUCUUCACUUGUACUGGCUUGCUUGUCCUACAUAUAUUGCGAUGGUAGCAGGAAAUGCACGAUCCUUUGGGUUAUUGGAUUGCGUUGCCUUAGAGUUGUUUAUGUUUACGUUUGUAGUGGAAAUUAUUGCUGAUCAGCAGCAAUGGGAUUUUUACCAAGCACGAGAGCUAUAUAAUAAUAACGAAGAGAUUCCAGGGCAUUUGAAUUUUGAGUUGAUGACACUAGCAAAAGGUUUUAAUACAAACGGUCUCUUUAAAUGGUCGAGACAUCCGAAUUUUUUGGCUGAACAGGUGAUUUGGUUCGUUUUUUAUUUUUUUGGAGCGCUUGCCUCAAAGACUUGGAUUAACUGGACGAUUUUAGGACCUUUGGGGCUUGUCGGUGUGUUCCAAGCGUCGACUAGACUAACGGAAAUGAUUUCUGUUAAAAAAUAUCCCCUAUAUUCAUUGUAUUCCCAAAAGGUUGGUAGAUUUUUUCCACGUCUUGAUGGCUCCCACUGGGAACCAAUUGAUGAGGAUGCUUCUCUAAAAACGGACUAA